AUGACUUCGCUUCUCUUGGACAUUCUAUAUGAAACCUACAGCCAGGCUCCUCCUCCUAGCAAGGAUUUCCAUCUUUUUACCAUCACAAAAACUGAGAUUAUCUGGAAGUCAUGGAGCAUAACUUUACGAACUGGGCCAAGAGUAGCCUUUCCUCGAGAAACAAGGAGGCUACAUGAAGAAUUUGUGAUGAAUGAGCAGCAACAGAUCUUGAUAUGUCUUAAUUUUCCUCUUUGCUUUUCAGAACAGUUGCAAAGGGUGUUUGGCAAGAAUGUGCUAGAAUAUGCUUUGAAUUUAUGUUACGGGCAUUAUGAUUUUUUAGUUCGAAUGCCUGACAAUCUACUCAUACACAUCUUCUCUUUCUUGGAUUUGGAUGACAUUAGACAGCUGUCAAAAACCUGCAAAAAAUUCCAAAAGAUGUGUAACAGUGAAGAAUUCUGGGAGAAGAUUAAAACACUGCAAAACAAAAGUGAUUUUGACAUAAAGAGAGUAGGGCUAAUGGUUUAUAAGAAAUUGAUAAAUUUCCAUCAAAAUAACAACUAUCAAAGGCAGCCUAAGCAGAGGAGACAAACUGCAUUCUUCUAAAUAUUGAAAUAGGAAUUUUCACUCAGCAACCAGAAUCACAGUUGUAUCAUGUUUAUAACUGUAAUCGAAGUGAAUUUGAGCAAUGUAAUUUAUACACACGCAGAUGUGUGUGCACAUGCAAUAUACUGCAUAUGAAAUGUUUCCAAAAUAAAAAUGAACUUUUUCAAUACUUAGCACAUAAGCACUCAAUGUCUUCAUUUAUUUCAUCACUUAAAUUUGAGGGAAUAGCAAUCUUCA